CAGAGUUUUCACUAUCACUAGUUGCGUCUCGUUGUGUCUUACUAGUGCUAUUUCGGUGAGCUAUGUUCCUAUAAAACCAGCUCCUGCUAUCUUUUCAAAGACACACCAGUGACACCACCACCUUUCCAUUUCUCAGCUGAAACUCGCACACAAAAAAGAGAAAGAAGGUUAAAGAUUAUUAUGGCACCUUCUUACUGUGUGAAUGAGAGGAAACCCUGUGUAGGAUGGGUUGAGACAUACUUCAAUGACUGUCUUUGCACCAUGAAAGAUGACAUCUCGUUCAGUCUUGGACUUACCAGUUUAGCAUUCUGGGGAAUAGCAGAAAUCCCUCAAAUCAUCACCAUUUUUCGCACCAAGUCCAACCAUGGAAUGUCCCUUGCCUUUCUCUGCACUUGGGUCGCUGGAGACAUAUGCAACCUGGUAGGUUGCCUUCUGGAACCAGCUACGCUGCCCACACAGUAUUACACUGCAUUGCUUUACAUGAGCACCACGAUCUUGUUAGUAUCGCAAGUCAUAUAUUUUGACUACAUCAGUAGAUGGUGUACACAUCGUCACAACAUCAACAACAAAGGGCAGACUCAUGAGGAAGAGGAAAGACCAUUGAAACCGAAAGCUAGUGAGGAGUCUGAGAUUCCAAUACCAAAUGGCACACCCAGAGCUGCACCUAGACGAGAGUAUUACUAUAUGUCAGCAAGGUCAUUGGCUGGAAGUGCCACUCCACCCUCGCUUAGCUACAUAAGAGCUGCUAGAAGUGGCCCAUCAGCCAUGGAAUUCAACGGCGCGGACUCUUCUUCUGACGAUGAAGCACCUCCACCUACCUCUGCAUCUCGUUCUCUAGCUGGAAGUUAUGGAACAUUUCUAGCAGCAUCCCUUAACUUGCCCCUGAAGAGUGAUGCUUUGAGACAUUAUGGAUACACAGGAUUUACUACAAGAAAGCUCUUACAGGGAGACGAGAUACAUAAUGCAAUUGGUCUUUGGUUGGGAUGGCUCAUGGCAGCUAUCUAUAUAAGUAGUCGUCUUCCUCAAAUAUGGUUAAACAUUAAAAGAGGGAGUGUGGAGGGCUUAAGUCCUUUCAUGUUCAUCUUUGCACUGGUAGCUAAUGUUACAUACGUAGGAAGUAUUCUUGUACGAGCUACGGAAUUCAAAAGCAUCAAAGCUAAUAUGCCAUGGUUGCUGGAUGCCACCGUUUGCGUGACACUGGACAUUUUUAUAAUAUCGCAGUACAUCUACUAUAGAUACUUUCAAAAGAGAGAAAGAGAAGCAAGUGAUGAUAGAGACUACAAAGAAGUGGGAAAAGCUGCUGCAUCUUGAAUCUUGAGCUGUGUAACUCUGCCUUAACUAAUUGAAGUUCAAUUUGAAACAUCAGUGACAAUCAGCAUUUUCCCUAAAUUGGGCCACUAUUUUUGCUUAUGUUACACUCUUCAAGGAGAUGGAAGUCAACAAAUAUUAUACAGGGAUUAUAUGAUAUAUUAAUGUAUCCAUUAACAUGAACUUGCUUAUGACAUGAUCGUAGUGGCUACUCUGAUAUUGAUGUAUUGAUUACAGCCAAAACAUGUGAGAGACCAUAGUUUCUUUAUUAUAAUUUUCAAGACUGAUGAACCACCAUAUUUGUGUUGGAUCCAAAA